CCACCACGAACUCCUUGCCCUGCCUGACCGCUCGUAUACCCUAAUCACUAGCCAAAUAUCUGAUAUGUCCAACUGGGAAGUCCGUAUCUCGAGCUCGCGCGGCGUGCCCUACUACUACAACACGGAGACCAAGGAAUCUUCGUGGGAGGCUCCUGCAGGCCUCACUCAGGAGCAAGUCGCAGCCCUCCCAGGCGCGAAGCAGUACCUCAGUGGUGACAGGCCGGCGCAGGUACGGGCCAGCCACCUCCUCGUCAAGCACCGCGGGAGCAGACGGCCGAGCAGCUGGAAGGAGCAAAACAUCACGCGCUCGAAGGAGGAGGCUAUUGAGAUCCUGAAGGGUUAUGCUCACGAGAUCGACGGCUCGGCAGAGAAGUUCGCGGAACUCGCCACCGUGCACAGCGACUGCAGUUCGCACUCCAAUGGUGGUGACCUCGGUUUCUUCCGCCCUGGUCAGAUGCAGAAACCGUUUGAGGAUGCGACGUAUGCCCUGAAGGUGGGCGAGAUCAGCGAUAUCAUCAGCACGGACAGCGGAGUCCACCUCAUUCUCCGUACGGCUUGAUAAGUUGCUGGGAGACGAUACAUACACCACAGUACGUAUGGAGCUCAUGCAGCCAGUAAACAGAGGAGUGUCCGAGAGGAGAUAAAACGAGAAAGCAGCAUUCCUGGAUGCUGUUGGCUCGAAGGCAUACACAAUAUUCAUACGCCAUUCUGCGCGCGAUGUAAUUCCCCAGGCGCGUGGAUGUCAAGAUUCUGGUUGACUUGAACCACAAUACGGAGCCUCCCAUGCGCCGAAUUCCUAAAUAGCAGUAGCAUGUAUUAGCCAUAACAGAUGUCAGGUUCCGAUGCCCGUACUCGAGCGAGGACGUAGGCCC